UAUUAAUAUAUCAUUAUCAUCUCCUACAACUAUCUACUAAGUCUACAAAGAGAGAAACUAAGAUACAAAUACAACCAAUCAAAAUUGAAAAUAUCAAAGGGAAAGGAAAGUGACAAAGAACAAGCUAGUGUAAUAAUAAUAAGAGAUGGGAAACGUUAUGAUGGGAAGAACCAAAAAAGCAAAGGUAAUGAAAAUAGAUGGAGAAACUUUCAAGCUAAAAACUCCAGCUAAAGCAAACGAUGUAGUUAAACACUAUCCUGGUCAUGCUCUUUUGGAUUCACAAGCAGUGAAGCAUUUUGGUCUUAGGGCUAAACCACUUGAACCUCACCAACAACUCAAGGCUAAGAAAAUCUAUUUCUUAGUUGAGCUACCAAAAGUUCAGUCUCAACCAUUGCCGAGGAGGGUGCGAUCCAGUGGAUUACACCCUUCAUGUGGCAUGAACGCUACUGAGAGGCUCGACUUUUUGAUGUUAUCGAAACGUUCUGUUUCGGAUCUUCCUUCGGUGAAGCGGUCCAAUCUAGGUGAUGAUGGGCCUGGUUUAGUUCGUGAUGGGUCCACUAGGGUAAAAAUGAGGAUUCCUAAGGCUCAGUUGGAUAAGUUGAUGGAGGAGAGUCGCGAUGGAGCCGAGGUGGCGGAGAAGAUUGUAAGUUUGUAUAUGGGGAAUAAUGCUUCCGUUAAGGGUGGUGGUGGUGGAAUAAAUGAAGGCAAAGUAGAGGUUCAUAAUCAAAGGUCACGAAGGAAACGUGUGAGUUUCAGCCCAGUGGAAGAAGGAGAAAUUCAUGAAGAAGCAACAGCUUAAUAGUCUUACUUGUCAAUACUCAAUAGUACUAGUUAGUUACUUAACCAGAAGCAAAGUUAACCCUUCUGUGUGGUUGCUUCUGAAGCAAGUUAAUUUUGUCCUCAACUCUUUAGCAUAUGUAUUCAUAAAUAUGUCUAUGCAUUUUAGCAUUUCCAGUGCUUAGAUUAGGUUUGAUGUUUAGGCAUAGCUGACCCAAAGUUGACUUUUUUUUCUUCUGAUUAUGGAAGAAGCAAAGAAAGAUCAAUUUGAGUGGAAGUUUCAAACCUAUGUUUGUAUAAGGAUUUUGGAGAGAAAAUAGAGGUAAACUUCUUAUCUUUAAAUAAAUAUUUUCAAGCAAA